AUGCCCAACAUGGGUGGAGACCCCCAGGUUCAGAAGCCUGUCAUAUUUGUCGGUGCUGCCGAUGCGAUAUGCAGCGAAGCUAUCAGAAUCUUCGCUAAAGCAACGGAUCGCCCAAUUGUCCUCCUUGAUGCCAACCAGGAUGCUCUUCGUGAUGUCGCUGCCAAGUUACCCGGCAAAGAUGUCGCUCUAAGGACAGUGGAUAUUUUCAAACCGGAAGAUCUCCGCGCUACAAUUGCAGACGGCGCCCUUGUAAUCCAGGGCGCACAGCCAUACCACCGGACCUCGGAACCGGUGAUCACCGCAUGCAUCGAAGCGAAGGUGCCAUAUCUCGACUAUUCCGAUGACGUCCACAGCACACAGGUGUCUCUGAGCUUACAUGAGCGGGCUAAGCAAGCCGGCAUUCCGUGUUACAUAAACUGCGGCUCUUCUCCUGGUAUGACAAAUCUUCUCGCUGUCGAGAUAUCUCAAGAGCUCGAUAAUGUUGAUUCCAUUGAUAUCUGCUGGCUCGUGAGCGAGGAAGGCGGAGAGCUCGGUAGAGAGGUUCUGGAACAUCUUAUGGACAUUACUGGGGGAUCUUGCCUCACUUGGGCCGAUGGGAAGGCAACAGUCCAUGAGAACUGGGUUGAGACAUCCCAUGCCCCUCUUGCUGAAGGUUCCAACCAGCUUUUCUACGAAAGCAUCCACCCGGAGCCAGUGACACUCCCUCGCCGAUUUCCUAAUGUAAACCGAAUUCGCGCACUAGGUGCUUUGAACCCGGCACCUUUCAAUGGGCUUGCACGUGGAUUAGGUGCCGCAGUCAACUCCGGUGCCCUGUCUAUGGAUGCCGCUGUGGACUUUUUACAGCACAUUCAAAGCAAACCAUCUGCGAGCUGGAGUGGCAUGUUGAGCGCAGUCACCGCGCAGCUCCAGGGUGGCAACAUCACUCUAAAUCAGCUUUAUCAGCUGGCCUCCGACAGCGUCUCGUCACUGAAACCGCUAAACUUCGCCCUCUGGGGCAUGGUUGGUCAGGUGCGCAAAGGCCAAUGCACAACAGGCGAGGCACUGGGUUAUUUAGUGAACUUUGUGCGAGGCAAGAAACCGCCUCCUCGCUCUAGUCUGCUUGUUCGGGGUGUUGGCACCCGCAAUGGACAUCCUGCAGUAAUCAUCAAGCGCAGCCCCAUUUCUCGAAAGGACUCGCCCUUUGGAGAAGGCAUGGCAACUUCAAUCGGAGCGUCCUGUGCCGCUUUUGCCCUUUUGGCUCUUGACCUUGAGGAGCAGGGAUGUGCGGGUGUCUAUUGUCCGGAGGAUUGGGUUGAACCUGACGCGUUCUUCAAGUGCAUGGAAAAGCUGGGGUGCCCGCGGGAUCAGAUAAUUGAGUCAGUUCAGGGGUGA